AUGGAUCAGACUCUCAUAACCGACGAUAGCGAUGAGACAGCAGAAAAUCCGAGAGACGAGACAAACAUACCUAGUGAAGAAGAAAGAUCAGACAUAUCAACUAGUUCUUCAAAUUUUGAGAAGUGCACGAGUGAGAUAGAGGAUAUAAAGUAUCCUGAGCCUGUGAGUAAACUAGAAAAGCGUGUGAUACAACCACCGCAGAGAUAUGGUUUCAGUAAUGUAUGCGUAAUUGAGGAUGAAAAUAUAGGUAAUGAAUGUUUUACCUAUGAAAAUGUUAUCAAUGAUACUAUACAAGAAGAGUGGUAUAAAGCAAUGGAAGGCGAAUUGCAAUCGUUCCGAGAUAGCGACGCAUGGGACCUAGUGGACAAACCUAGUGAUGCGCAUGUUGUGCAGUGUAAAUGGGUCUUUAAAAGGAAGUUAAAUAGUGAUAAUACAAUGAGAUAUAGGGCCGGAUUGGUUGCAAAAGGUUGUGUAGUUUCUCAUGAAUGUAGAGAGGAGCAAACAGUGGCGCUCUCCAGCACAGAAGCUGAAUACAUGGCCAUCUGUGAAGCCAGCAAGGAAGCAAUUUUUCUGAAAAAUCUGCUUACAGAGUUAAUUGUUAGCAAAAAUAGUACGGUUAAUGUAUAA